GAAAGCACCUUGACCGCGAGCUUUAUUCGCCAUGUGUGCAGCAUGGGUCAGUGGAGCUACUUCGCUACCACCCAAACUGCAACAGCAGUAGAGAGUGUGCUUGGACCUGUGGCAUUGACCCAACCUGAUGAGGAGGAGCUGGUUGUUGCACGCGGGACGUCUCUUGACAUUUUCCGUUGUGAAGAGCAUCGCUUGGUGCACAUUUGCAGUGGCUGCACCAAUGAGACUGUAUGCUGCUUGCUAAAAGCUUCAUCUGCGAGAAGUGGCUACAACUUGCUGGUCCUCAUCACUGUUUCGUUGCAAGUUCUUGUCACGCGUUUCGACAAUGAUGCCAAAGUUAUGCAGUUGUUGGGCGCGGCAGAUGCUGGCAGCAUGGUCCAGGAUGCAACCGCUCACCCCGCAGCAUGCAGUGUGUCAGCACAAGGAUGGCGCAUUGCAGUGUAUCUGUACAGUAGCAUCCUUGCGAUCCUGGAUCUCACAGGCCUUGAAGCAGCAUUUGACCAUGGCGGAGUAGUUGAUUUGAAGUCCGCCAACAAGAUGUUCUAUGUUGAUAUGAGCGAGCAGAUCGCAUGUUUGGACUUCUUGCUCUCAGAUGAAGAUUCGGAUGGUCCCAGUGAACGUGCAACCCUGGUUGCUUUGCAUGCGCGAGAGGAUAGCUACGGUGGUUGGGAGGACGGGCCGAAGGUGCUUUGCAUCCAUUGCAUCGACCUCCACAAAAAGAGCUCCAAGGCAGCAGCCAAGCCAGAGCUUCCAUUUGCUCGGGGCCUUGCGAAUGUGCCUGGCAGGCAGUACGUCGACGCAACCCUAAUGGCAUGUGUUCCACCAAACACAGCGGGUGAGUGGGCAGCACAAGGCGCUGUCCUUGUUGUGGGCGCUGGCUUUGUGCGCCUCUAUGACCCCAAGCUGCAGCCCUUGAGCUCCCUGCGCGGAAUACAGGCACCGUUGGUUCUGGUGAAGGCCAAUGCCUGUGGCAACCGAUGGCUCAUAAGCGGUUCCUCAGGAGAUUUGCACCUGUUGCGGCUGGAGGGCACUCGGAGUCCUGAGCUCAUCGUUCAGUGCCUGGGCAUCAGCGCACCGGCGUCCGGGAUUGGCACUUGGAAGUAUGGCGAGUAUGCCUUCAUUGGGUCUCGGGUCACCGAUUCUGAAGUGCUUCAUCUGUGGGAGCCCAAGGCAGAGGCACCAGCGACAACGAGCACCACAGGGCAGCCGAGACCGACCUUGGCAGAUGCCUUCGAGGUCACCGACCGCUGGACAAACCUCGGGCCUAUCACUGACUUUUGCACCAAGGAGGAUACCGACGGCCUGACUAACCAAAUCAUCACGUGCAGUGGCGCCGGUGAGAAGAGUGGCUCUUUGCGUUUCAUCGAGAUGGGCAUUCCCGUUGAAGAGUUGGGAAGUUCAGAAGGCUUCGGCAACGUGCUUGGCAUGUGGGCACUGGGUUCGCACUUCCUGGUGCUCACCCGCUCCAAUAGUACUGAAGUCCUACGUAUUUCAGAAUGUCAGAGUGGCGAUGGAGAUUUCUCCCUGGAAGUUUGGGCGAAGACAGCUGGCCUCCAAUUAGAGGAGGAGACUCUGCUUUGUUGCGGUGUUUGCGACAGAGUCGUGAUACAAGUGACCCAAUCUGGUGUGUGGGCUAUGAACUCAGAGAACCUCGCGCCGGUUUCUGAGUGGACAGCCGGCGCGCCUUUCCUGACAGCUUCCGAGAUGAGAGGUGGACAAGGUGUGAUGCUUGCAACGCAGAAAGGAGAUGUCUAUGCCAUAGAUUUCCAAGAAGGCUCACAGCGCCUGAUCAGUGCGGGGGAAUGGCAACUGCGAAGUGAACCUAGCUGCUUGGCAGCUACAACACCAUGGUGUGCUGCCGGGCUUUGGAGUGAUGAGCUUGUCAUUUGGGAACGCAAGAAGGACUUUUGGCAGUCCCUGACCUUGCCAACUCUUCCCCGGUCCUUGGCAUUUCUUCGGUUCUCGGCAGCCCAUGAGCCAGAGCUUAGGCUAUUCGCGGGACUUUGCGAUGGACGUGUGUCGGUUGUAACGGUGGACGGUGCAUGGAGACUGCAGCAUACUGUUGCAGUUGGAUUGCAGCCUGUGCAGCUGCUGCCUUUUCCUGGUGCUGCAGAUGUGGAGACUGACAUGGGACCCAAGCUACCAUGGGGUCAACCCUGCGAAGGUGCACAGGAGCAAGACCGUUUGCUUGCUAUCAGCGGAAAGGGUAGCAUACUGCAGGCUCAAUCCCAGCGUGUCCUCCGCUGGCAGAUAUGCCUUCCAAGCAUGUCUCAUGCUGCCUUUUUCUCUCACGGCUUUGGCUGCAUCCAACACUGUAUGGCUUUUAUUAGUCAUGAGCGGUUGCUGCUCGCACUGCUGCGGCUUGGUCAGCGAAUAGAUGUGCGAACUGUCCCGCUGCCGCAGGCACCCCGCAGGAUUUGCUACCAUACUGGGAGCCGAAUCUGCGUGGUUGGUUGCUCCGACCUGCCCUCCAUAUCCACUCCAGACAUGCCGAGAACCAGAUCCAGAGCCAACGUGCAAUUUGUCCACUCCGAAACCACAGACUUGCUGGGCACAAUGACCUUAGGGCAGGAUGAGAUGGUGGCAUCGGUCGUUGCAGUGACAUUUGCCGGGGACUGUACUGAAUACAUAGCAGUUGGUACAGCGAUCGUGUUGGACAACGAGCCAGAGCCCUCACGGGGGCAGGUUCUGUUGCUAGCGCUUCGGGGCGAUACCUCUGUACAGACUGCCAAGUGCGGUUUGGACGAGGAGCCACCCUUCCGGCUGGUGUGCACCUUGGAGGUGCCUGGUGCUGUCUACACGCUUGUGGCCUUUCAACAAAUGCUGUUGGGUGCAGUGAACAACCGACUGCAGCUUUGGAAUUUAAAAAGCGGGCAGCUGGUCGAGGUGUGCAGAUACAGCGCGGGCGUCAUUGUUUUGGAUGUCCAAGUCAUGGGUUCCCACAUCCUGGUCGGCGACAUUAUGCGCUCCGUGAAUCUGUUCCGCUUCGAGGACUCAUCUUUGAAAAUGGUCGCGUAUGAUGAGAUCUCGGCCUGGUCAACAUCUGUGGACAUGCUGUCUGACAACCACUUCCUGUGUGCAGAUGAUGGCGGCAAUUUGCUGGCACUCUCGAGGGGCGAGCUGACGGCCUCCGUGGGAGAUGUGAGAAUACUGGAAAGAGUUGGGCGGAUCCACACCGGUGAGUUCAUGAAUCGAUUUCGCCCGGGAUUCUUUGCCUUGCGAGUAAACGAGCCGCGGGUCAAGACCACAAUUUGGGCCAGUGCAUCUGGUGCCUUUGGAGUUAUUGUGCCAGUGAAUUGCGAGAAGACCUUCAUGCGACUGUUGAUGCUGCAGGACUGCAUCAGACGCGAGCUUGUACCAAUGUUGACCCACAGCACGUUGAGAGACACUCUGCAGUGCAGACCCGCAUUGUGUGCAAAAGAUUGUCAACUGUUUUUUUAAAAGCUCGCUCCCCCCCUCCCUACUCAAUUAAGUAGGCGCGUACUUCAUUAAGUAAGCUAGUACCUUACUUCAGCUACUAGCAUGGACACAGGAUAGAUCACACUUCUUCAAGGAAGCUCCCCCUAGAAGCGCUCCCACUAUAAAUCUAGGGAAACUUAAGUUCCCCAUACUGUGUCAUUGUACAAGUAUACACUUUACACUUUGCCAAGUACUUUGCCAUUUUUGCCAACGUAUGUUGACAUAUGCUUCAUACAGUAAGUACUGUGUACAGUGUAGCGACCAUGUUUGAGGCCUUUUGCUUCACUGUGACUCAGGGUGGCACUGAAUAUGGAGGCUUUCUCAAUGGCGACCUUUUGGAGCGUUUCCUCGACAUACCAGAGGGAAAGCAAAAGGUCUUGGCAUUGGAAGUCGCAGACGCAGGCUUGACUACCAGUGAAAAUCCAGUCCUGGAACUCAUCCAAGAUGUGGAGGGACUCUCUCAGAUGUAUUGAUUGUCAUGAGUCAUGAUUGUUCGUGAAAGUCAGCCAAAGUCUCGCUGACUUUGAUGAUGCAAUUAUGUGACAUAAAA